CUUAUCGAGUCUUUGUUACGCAGUAUUGGUUGCUUUGUAUACCCUUUCUCCAGAUUAUGAGUACUGGCACCGUUAAACUGGACGCUUCGGGUGCUGGACGGGGCCAACCCAUGCAGGGUUCCAGUCGGAGCAAAUACGCGGCUCAGGCUUGCCAAGAGUGUCGGCAACGGCGCGCAAAAUGCGACGGAAUUAAACCCUCCUGCUCGCGAUGUAUACACCGCCGACUAAUAUGCGCUAUUUCAGCACAGUACUUCUCUGCUGUAUCAUUGCGUUGGCGUCUCGUUAUUCAGACGGACCUGAGGUCAGAAGCGAUCCGCAAGAUCCUAAUACGGCCGGUAUGGUAUUUCUCGAGCAUGCUGAGGCAUUAAUUCACUACGACCUGAAAUGGCCUAGCAUCACGACUGUGCCGUGUCUAGCCAUCAUGGCGACCAUCUAUGUGGCCAUUGGGUCAGAUGCUGCUGGCUGGCUUCAUCAUGGCAUGGCAGCCAGGCUGAUUAUUGACAUGGGUCUCAAUAUAGACGCUAGUUCAGUCGAUGGGUCGACUUGCCUGAGUACCCAGGAUAUCCGGCUCCGGCGCCAGAUCUACUGGACAUUUUAUUGCUCGGACAAAUUGUUCGCAUCAUAUACGGGUCUUGUCUGUACCAUGCUAGAAUUCCAAGGGUCCAUUCCCCUUCCUGAACCAUUCGUAUCAGACGAAGGGCCUCCAGGAAAAACUCCGAACGCAGUGUCCAAGAGUACCUUCCUGGCCUGUCUUCAUCGAUUAUUCAGCACUCAGUGCCAGAUAUCAGAAAGUAUUCUCAAAGGAUUUUAAGUGAAGAUCUCAUCGCUCUAUGUUUAGUGUACUAAUGAGUGGAAAAGAUAUGCUCCGAAAUAGACGACGAAUUAUAAGGACAAGCAGUCUAUCUUUGACUCAUGCCUCUUGGCACUUCAAGGCUGGAUGUUCUCUCUUCCGAAGGACCUGAGAAUCAGGCCUAGAGACAGAAGUGACCAUCUUAGUUCCUCACUACAUGUCUUUAUUCUCUAUAUGGUAUAUCACACGUCUAUCAUCCUUCUUGCUAAGCCCUUGGUUUUAGCAAAGGUUUUCUAAGGCCUAGUCUAUGCACAUCUGAGCGACUCUUCAAAGCUACCAGAAGAUUUGGAAGACGGGCAAUACGCCUAUGCCACAAAGCUGCCACCUAAAUAUGUCUCAUUGGAAACUUUUAUCGGAAAAGCUUUAGCAGCUUCCGAAGAAGCCCGUUGACGGUAACACACAG